UAUAAUAAUAUGAUAAUGGAUAAAUCAAAUGAAUACAAUAAUAUUUUUGAUAAUGAAAAUAAUUGUGAUAAUAAUAAACAUUUAAAUUAUCCAUGUAAAUGUUGUCCAUAUGGUUUUCAUAUUGAUACCGAUUUUGUUCGUUAUUGUGAUGCAUUAUUAUCGGCUUUAUAUGGACAAAAUUCUAAUCAAAAUUAUCAACAUUUAAAUAAUAAUAAUAAUAAUAAUGAUAAUCGAUCAGCAUCAACAAGAACAACAACUCCAUCACCGUCUUUAAUAAAUUAUCAACAACCAAAUGAUGAAUAUCUCAUUGAUAAUAAUCAUAAUAAUAAUGAUCAACAACAGAUUAAUCAUCAGAAUGAUAUACUUGAUUUGGAUGAAAUGGAACAAGAUUUUCAACAAUCGAAUCAAAUUUCUAACGAAUCAUUACAUUCUAAAUCGACAAACUUUUCUUCAUCUAUUGAUAAUGAAGAUAAAAUAUCUGUUAGUAUUGCUAUUGCUACAAUCGAUACAGCAAUCGAACAUUAUCAACAAGAACAGGAAGAAGAAUUAAAUAAUCAUCAUCAAAUAAUACCUCAAUUGUUAUCAGAAUCAUCAUGUUCAUCAUUGAUAACAACAACAACAACAUUAUCUAAAUCUGUAUUAACACAGAUACGUAAUGAUUUAGCACAAAGUUUAUUACGAGUUAAAGAGCUUGAAAAUCAAGUUGAACAAAUACCAAUAUUGAAAAAACGAUUGGCCGAAUUAGAAUCUGAACGAUUGAUUUUGAUGGAAAAAUUAACAACCAAACAAAAUGAAAAAGAAAUGGUCGACAAUUCCAAUGUUGAUUCGGCAAAAUUACCCGAGGCGGAAACAAUCGAUCAAACAAAGAUAAAUGGCAAUAAUGAUUAUGAUGAUGUUGCGAAAGAAAUGGAAAAAUUAUCAUUGAUUAAAUUCGAAACAUUCAAUGUUGAACCAUCAAAACGUUGUCAUAUCGGAACAUUAACCAAUUUUGCUCCUUGUGUUCUAUAUCGUAAUGCAUUUGUACAGACUGAUCUCAAAUGUAAAGAUAUUCGACCGAUUGUUGAAACAAUGGAAUCAUCGACCAUAACUGAUAUUAAUCUGAUUAUUACUGAUCAAUGUGACGGCAUCACUAGAGAAAAAAUUUAUGAUCAUAGUAAUAUGGCCAGCAAUAUCGAUUCGACUGUUGAUGUUCAACAUGAUAAAAUUUCUAGAUCAACUGAUAAUGAUAAUGAUACGUCAUCUGCUGAUGAUGAAUCUUCAUCAAUCGAAGUACUUCGUCAUUGUCAUAACCCAAGACCAUCAAGCCCAUUGCAACUUUUUACAAGCCUUGAUGAUGGUAAUGAUUUUCAUCCACAUUCAAAUAUAACAAAUUCUAAUGAUAUUGCUAAAGAUAUACUCGGUUGUUUACCUAGCCAAUUUGUUGUUCGAAGACGUCGUCGUUUAUGUAAUAAAUGUGGCACAAAUGAAACCAACAAUGGUGGUGGUAAUGUUGAUUAUAAUAAUCUAGUCGGUUCAAUUUCAUCAUCAUCAUCAUCUUCAUCAUCACCACCAUUAUCAUCGCCAACAUCUGUGACUUCAGUUUCAACAACCACAACUACUUCAACAAUUUCAUCUGCGAUUGGCAGUACAAAUCGAAUGCUAAAGUCAGAUUCAGGAAUAUCGGUCGAUCCAAAAAUGACCGGAAGAUCAAAUGUUAUUCCAUUGUUAUCCCCAUCAUCAAAUAUUGAGGAUCAUAUGAUGAAUGAAAACGAUAAAACUAAUAAUGAUAAUAUGAUUUUGCGAAUGAUCUCAUCAUCUACUGAAUUCGAAAGCAUACCAUUAUCUGAUGAAAGUGAGUCAGCCUUUUCAACACUAUCGAAUACAACGAACAAAGAUUAUAAAAAUCAACAACAACAACCAUUAUCAUCAAAUAAGAAAUUGUUUGUCGCUACCGGUGAAUUAAAAGCGGCGUUAAAAAUAAUGAAUGAAAAUCUAUUUUCGCCACCCAAAUGUCCGCUUCUUUUUUCGAAAAGUAUGGCUGUCGUUGGAAAAAAUUGGUUUCGAACAUCAUCAUCGGUGGAUUCGGAUUUUCAUGCUGUUGAAUCAUAUCUUGAUUUUGUUGAAAAAUUUUAUACAACCAAAUUACUUGAAUGGUUAGUUAAUCUAGCUGAUCCAAAUGGCAACACCGCUUUACAUUAUGCUAUCUCAUACAAUAACUUUGAUAUCGUUUCAAUUCUUUUGGAUUCCAAAGUCUGUGAUGUUAAUAAAUUUAAUAAGAAUGGAUAUACGGCAACAAUGCUUGUUUCAUUGGCUAAAAUAGAAAAUGAAUUGCAUAGAGAUAUUGUCGAACGUUUAUUCACAAUGGCAGAUAUCAAUCUUAAAGCAAAACAAAAUGGUCAAACAGCAUUGAUGUUGGCUGCUAGUCAUGGACGUAUUGAAAUCACCAAAAUUCUACUUGAAUGUGGUGCUGAAGUAAAUCUACAGGACAAUGAUGGUUCGACGGCAUUGAUGUGUGCUGCUGAACAUGGUCAUACUGAAGUCAUUUCAUUAUUAUUAUCACAUUCUGAUUGCGAUCCAUUAAUUGAAGAUAAUGAAGGCUCGACUGCGUUGAAAAUUGCUUUGAUCAAUGGCCAUAAUGAUAUUGGCGUUCUGUUAUAUGCAGUGUCCGGUCCACAUUAUAAACGUAACGGUUCAUUUAACUAUCAUAAUUCCUCAUCGAUUAGUCAUCGUUUAGUCUCUUCACCAAGCUCAUCAUCAUCGAGUUCAAAUUAUCCAUAUCAACAACAAUCAUUGUUUAAAAAUUGAAUUUUUAUUUCCAUUUUAUCAAAUCAAAAACUUGUUA